GGGAAAACAUACUUUAAAAGCACAGGAAAUAAUCGAAAAGCGGAGGAAGGAUGGGACAUUGAACCCCGAUGAACCGAACCUACUUCUCUCCCUUGUAUCAGAAAAAGAAAUGACCAAUGAGGAUAUCAAUAAUUUACUUGCCUCACUCUAUAUGGCUGGGACAGAUUCUACAGCGAAGAACCUGCAAGCAUUCUUCUACAACUUGGCGAAAAACCCAGACAAACAGGAAAUUCUGAGACGAGAAAUUCUGGAAGUUGUGGGCGAUUCAGGUCUUGUAGAUGCUGCAGCACUCUCUAAGAUGUCUUACCUGAAGCACUGUUUAAAGGAAUCGUUCAGACUAAACUACCCAACAGCAACGGGUGUGAAUAGAGCGCUGCCAAAGGACAUUGUAGCCAGCGGUUAUAGGAUUCCUGCUGGGACAAAAAUAUUACUCAGCAACCCUCGAGCGGCCAAACUGUGCUUUGAAGACCCCGAUAAGUUUAUCCCGGAGAGAUGGGAGAGGUCUGAAGACGGCCGCAAACAAGACACCUCGAGCAACAUGGCGGUCUUACCGUUCGGUUACGGGCCACGCAACUGUAUCGGCAGACGUUUCGCUGUUCAGGAGAUUUAUCUGGCCACAUCCAAAGUUCUCCAGAAGCUGAAGAUAGAGCUUGAACCAGAGUCAUGGAAUACAGAGUUUAUCUACACAGUGUUUCUUGACACAGAGAAGCCACUCAGGUUUAAGUUUACAAAGAUUCGCUAGAGAAAGUUGACUUUGAGAGACUAAUCAGGUUUAAGUUUACAAAGAUUCGCUAGAGAAAGUUGACAAAGUUGACACAGAGAAGCCACUCAGAUUUAAGUUUACAAAGAUUCGCUAGAGAAAGUUGACUUUGAGAGACUAAUCAGGUUUAAGUUUACAAAGAU